AUGGCAUACUUUUCUCUCUUCUUGUAUGUAGGAGUAUUGUUGUUAUGGUCUCCGACACUUGCCACAAACAAUACCGACCAUCUUGCACUUCUGGCCAUCAAGUCGAGCAUCAUUCAUGACCCCCAACACGUUCUUGACUCAUGGAACACCUCCUUCCAUUUCUGUCAAUGGCAAGGUGUUACAUGUGGUCACCGACAUCUUAGAGUCACCAGAUUAGACCUUGGGUCUCGAGGAUUUGCUGGUUCCGUGUCCCCUCAUAUUGGAAAUUUAAGUUUUCUCCGAGUGUUAAAUCUAACGAAUAACACCUUCAAAGGUGUAAUCCCAUCUCAAUUAGGAAAUUUGUUUAGGUUGCAGGAACUAAUGUUCGACAUCAAUUCUUUUGAAGGAAAAGUUCCAACCAGUUUAUCAAAUUGUACAGGGCUUAACGUUCUUUGGUUGAAUAAUAAUAAUCUAGUUGGAGGGAUACCAUCUUUCUUUGGAAACUUCACUUCUCUUAAAAGCUUUUAUGCCAAUAACAAUUAUCUACACGGAAACAUUCCCCACACUUUAGGUCAAUUGUAUAACUUGCAAGUAAUUAGUUUUGGUUUUAACCUUCUAUAUGGUGCGAGUCCUCCAUCCUUAUUCAAUUUAACAUCUUCAAAAGUUUUUAGCAUAAGCUAUAAUGAAAUCAGCGGAAGUUUUCCAAAAGAUAUAGGCUUACAGCUACCUAAUCUUGAGUUAUUUGAGAUAUAUGGUAAUAAAUUUACCGGAAACAUACCCUUCUCAUUUUCGAAUUGUUCGAACUUGUUAGUCUUUCAUGUGGGAAAAAAUAGUUUUACUGGGAAGGUUAACAUAGAUUUCAGACGUAUGCCAAAUCUUUGGGCCGUUGCGUUAAUGGAGAACAGUCUAGGGAGUGCGGAACCUGAUGAGAUGAACUUCAUUGAUUCCUUGGUUAAUUGUAGCAAACUAGAAAGGAUACAUCUUGAAUUCAAUCAAUUUACUGGAGUUCUUCCUACUUCUAUAGGAAAUCUCUCUUCUCAACUAAUUGCUCUAACAUUUCAAAAUAACUUCAUUUAUGGGAAAUUGCCUUCUGGGAUCGGCAAUCUUGUGAAGUUAGAGGAAUUACGUAUCGACUCUAAUCAGUUAACAGGGAUAGUUCCAAGUAAACUUGGUAAUCUACAAAACCUUAAAUAUUUAUACAUGAGUGACAACUUCUUUACCGGGAACUUUCCAAAAUUUAUAGGAAACCUGCAGUCAUUACUAGCGUUGCGUUUGGACGAAAACAGAUUAGAAGGACAUAUACCUCCCAAUCUUGGCAACUGCAGGGGUUUGUUGCUGUUGGACCUUGCGGUAAACAAUCUUACUGGCACUAUACCUGUUGAACUUUUUCAGUUAUCAUCCUUGUCAUUGUAUCUAGAUCUUUCUCACAACUAUUUAGUUGGACCCCUUCCCCAAGAUAUAGGAAAACUCAAAAGUUUGUCGGGACUUAAUCUGUCACACAAUGAUCUGGUUGGCGUAAUACCAAAUGCGAUUGCAAGCUGCACAAGCCUUGAGCACCUACAUUUGGGUGCCAAUUCCUUUCAAGGUCCGAUACCUCCCUCUAUGAAUGUUUUAAGAGGUAUCAUCGACCUUAAUCUUUCUAGUAACAACUUAUCCGGACAAAUUCCAAAAUUCUUAGAGCAACUAAACUUGUCUUUGUUGGAUUUGUCGUUUAACAAUCUUGAUGGUGAGGUACCAUUGGAAGGUAUUUUCAGGAAUGCAAGUUUGACCUCGAUUGAGGGGAACAAUAGGCUAUGUGGAGGCCUUCCUGAUCUUCGACUGCCUAAAUGUGCCAAAGUAUCAAAGUCAAAGACAAGUUCAAGCUCAUCACGUGUUAUUCAAAUUGUCAUUCCAAUUUGCUCGCUUUUAGUCGUAGCAAUCUUUUUGUCUUAUCUGUUUUAUUGGAAAAGAAGGAAGGCACAAGCACAACCAGAAGCUUCAUAUGUGCAACCGUUUUCAAGAGUUUCUUAUGGAAGCAUACUUAGAGCUACCAAUGAAUUUUCUCAACAGAAUUUGAUUGGGACAGGGGCUUUUAGUGCUGUUUACAAGUGUAUUCUUGAAGAAGCUGAUGGAAUGGUUGCUGUCAAGGUUCUAAAACUUGGAAAUCAAGGAGCUUUGAAGAGUUUUGUGAUGGAGUGUGAGGCUUUAAAAAACAUAAGACAUCGUAAUCUUGUAAAAGUUGUGACUUCUUGUUCAUCCGUUGAUUUUCAGGGUAAUGAUUUCAAAGCUCUUAUCUAUGAGUUCAUGUCAAAUGGGAAUCUUGAAAGGUGGCUACAUCCAAGUUCAGAACAAGAGGUUGACAUCGAAGAAGCUCUUCCACAAAGAUUGACCCUUUGCCAAAGAUUAACCAUUGCAAGAGAUGUAGCUCAUGCUAUGCACUACCUCCACGAAGAGUGUGAGGUACCCAUAAUUCACUGUGAUCUAAAGCCAAGCAAUAUCUUACUUGACAGUGACAUGGUUGCUCACAUUGGUGAUUUCGGGCUCGCAAAGUUUCUGCCAAUAAAACCACACGAAAGCAGUACAGUUGGAUUAAGAGGGACUAUUGGGUAUGCACCUCCAGAGUAUGGCCUUGGCGGUGAGAUGACAAAAGAAGGUGAUAUCUAUAGCUUUGGGAUAUUGUUAUUAGAGAUGAUAACAGGAAAAAGACCCACAAACAACCUUUUCCAAGAUGGAUUGAACCUCCAUGGCUAUGUGGCAAUGGCUUUGCCUGAUCGUCUAAUGGAGAUAAUUGAACCUACCCUAUUGCCUAUCAUUGAGGGUGAAAAUGUCAACCAUGAGGAUGACGCCAGAAAGUGGGAGAGGUUGAAAGAAAGCGUGAUUUUAUUGACAAGAAUUGGGUUGGCCUGCUCCUUGGCAUCUCCCAAAGAGAGGAUGAACACAAGCAAAAUCAUAAAAGAGUUGCAUCACAUCCAACACUUUACCUCAGACAACUCUUCUGAAAUUGUCUAA